AAAUGGGCCAUUUUUCUCAUGUAGAUGUUAAUGAGUGCGAAGAAUCGGAAGUUUGUGGGCCUAACUCCGUAUGCACCAACACCGUGGGCAGUUAUGAGUGCGCAUGCGCAGAAGGCUACACCAUGGGAGACGAUGGACAGUGUGUUGAUGUGGACGAGUGCCUCCCAGGCACAAACUGUGAUGUCAAUGCCCAGUGUACUAACACUGAAGGUAGCUUUGAAUGCGCAUGCGCUGAAGGCUAUGAAGGCGAUGGUUUGGAAUGCACAGAUAUCGAUGAGUGCAGCAACGAUGAUCACGACUGCCAUUCAGAUGCCGUGUGCAUCAACACUGCCGGAAGUUUCGAGUGCGCAUGCUCUGAAGGAUUUGAAGGAGACGGAAGAACGUGCACUGCUGUAGCCGAAGAGGAAGAAUUACCAACUUGUGAAAGUCGCAGCUGCAAGGGAGAUUGUCUGAAUUACACGGACGGCGGCCAGGUUUGCCGCUGCAGAUCUUGGAAGAAGUAUGGAAACGGUUGCGAUGUCCUCAAGCAGACCUGUUCGACCAAUUGGAAACGAAGCUGCGGCAAACUUCAGCUUGACGACGGAGUAAUAUGCAAGUUCUGGUGUCCACCUGGAUGUAACGAGGCUGGAAAACUGUUUGGCAAUGAUACUUACACCGCAAACUCCCAUGUCUGCCGUGCUGUCAUCCACGCCGGUCUUGAUGAAAAUGCUGAAGGUGGCUUUUUCCUCGCGGUGGGGCUUACCUACGAUGGCCCUUAUGAAGGAGUUACCCGUUUUGGUUUGACCUCGCGAAACAAAAAUCGCUACACUGGUGGUACUUUCCGCAUUGUGGGUGAUGAAGAUAUCAUAGAAUAA